AUGGCGACCGGUGAGAGGCGAUCAAAUCUCAGGUUGCUCAGGACGUCAUUGAUUCUGGACCAAGGCACGACUCGCCAUGGAGACUGUCUCAGACUGUGUAAUUACAACACGAGAACAGUUUCCAGAGACGCUGACCUGCAUGCCCUUCUCGGAGCUGCAGAGCGUAUCAAAUUUCACGUGAUUGCUCUGCAGGACACCAAGUGCAGGAGGAGCGACGUACAACAGAUGAAUGACGGUACACUCGUCAUUCGUGGAGAGAAGGUUCCGUCGCGAAAUGUAGGCGAUGGUGGUUCUGCACUCAUCUGUCGUCCAUCUCGUCGAUUCUCACGAGAUCCUGUCACCUCGUUUGGCCAUUCUGCCUCCGCCCUCUGCACCAAAAAUCCAUCAGAGCUGGAGGAAGUAGUCCGCAACGAGAAGUCCUUCUACAAAUUCGUUGUCGGAGACUUCAACGCAAAACUAGGAAAGGCCACAGAAGAGGAAUACAGGAUUGGAAGAUUUGGACUAGGGGACCGGAAUAAAAACGGCAAUCGUCUCGCCGGGCUGUUGUCCGCCGUUCGCCUCUUUCAUGGGAACUCUCUUUUCAUGAAAAAAGAUCAACGUCGGUGGACAUGGGAAUCGCCCAAUGGCGCGACUCGUGCGGAGAUCGACCACAUACUCACCAACCGGAGGUGGUGUCUACUUGACGUCUCAGUAGUACCAUCCUUUUGUAGUGGUUCUGAUCACCGUCUCCUUCGUGCGGAAAUACGAAUUAGCCACACGAUGAAAAAGAACAUCUGCUAUCGGCAACGAAGGAGAAAAGAAGCCUACGACGAUUGCGUACUCGAGGACUCCUUGACCCAAGGUGACUGGCACAUCGAGGAGGACCUAAACGUGGACUACGAGAUGCUGCUCAGAGGAUUACGAGCCUGUGCUGAGCGUGCCUCGAAGCCGCGCACGACAAACUUGGAUCGAAUUUCAAAGACCACCAAGGAAUUGUUGGAAAGAAGAAGGGCUUUGAGGCUUGAUCCGAAUGCAUCGCACAUUGAGGGGUUAGUAGCAAACACUAGCUGCAGAAAAGCGUUGCAGGAGGAUCUUCUGAAAUACAAGCAGAAGAAGAUUCUGAAAACAGCACAAAGAAGAACGAGUCUAAAGAAGUGCCGCAGUGAUCUCCGCGAAUAUAAUAUUCCGCUAGCAAGCUUGCUGAGCGAAGACGGGAUUCGCACGUCUUCUCGUCGUGAGAUGGAAGUAAUUACGGAGAAGUUCUACUCGAACCUUUUCCGUUCAUCAACUCCUGUGUCAAGCCCGAUCAUCCCCACUGGUGAAGCUCCGCCACGGAUUCUCCCUUCGGAAGUACGAGUCGCUAUCAAGAGCAUGAAAUCUGGCACAGCCCCCGGCCCUGAUUUUAUAUCAGCAGAAGUUCUUCGGGCUGGUGGCCAUCCGCUUCAUGUAAUCUUAGCAGCGCACAUGACAUCCUAUCUUCAGAAAGAAAGGAUCCCAGACCAGUGGAAGACCUCGCGAACCGUUCUUAUCCAUAAGAAAGGUGACCGAGAGAACCUUCGGAACUACCGUCCGAUAUGCUUACUGAGCGUGUUAUACAAAGUAUUCACCAAGAUCAUCCUCACGCGCAUAUCUAGGACGCUGGAUGAAGCCCAGUCUCAAAAACAAGCUGGAUUCCGCCAGGGAUUCAGCUUGUUCUUGUUCAGUUUGGUUCAGGGGGGUUCAGCUGCUUGGACCACAUCCAGGCCGUAUCGUGGGUCAUAG